AUGGUCACUGCUAUACUAAUCAUUCCACCAGCAUGGGCCCGUCAACGUAAUACCGAUUGUAAACAACCGAAUCAGGACUUUUGCGCACCUGACAAUGCUGAAGCUUUCGGUCGAUUUUCUGGCUUUCUUGCAUGGCGUUACAAUGGUCAAAAUGGCAAAGGACGCAUAACAGAAUUUGUCAUUAUGAAUGAAGUCAAUGCAGCUGAAUGGUACAAUAUCGGAUGUGGUAAUGGUAAACCAUGUAAUAUUGAUGCGUGGGUUCAACACUAUGCUCAAGUUUACAUUGCUUCUUAUGAUCAGAUUCGUCGUGAACAACCUCAAGCACCGGUACUCGUUUCACUUGAACAUCAUUUCGAUACGGUUUUUGAUCAGUAUGCUUCAGCGAAUAGCCCAUUCAUGUCUGGACGAACAUUUAUCACUAAACUAGUGCCAAAAUUAGGAAAUCGACAAUGGGCUCUGGCCUAUCACCCAUAUCCACCAAAUCUUCUUCGUGCUGAAUUUGGUCCGAACGAUUGGCCGAAAAUUACAUUUGGUAAUAUUAAUCGACUGGUUGGAUGGUUGAUGCAAACUUAUCCAAAUACUCCAUCCGCACAUAAAGUAUAUUUAACAGAAAAUGGUAUUAAUUCUAUAGCACCAAAUUCAGAUCAGAAUAAACAACAUGAUCAACUAUGUGCUGCCUUUGAAAUAAUGCUAGCUACGCCUAAUGUUGAUCUAUUCAUUUACCAUCGUAUGCGAGAUCAUAUUGUUGAAAUACAACAAGGACUUGGCUUAGGUCUAGUCGAUACAAGUGGAAACUACAAGCGAGCAUGGUCAUUGUGGGCAAUGGCCAAUCGUUUCGACUUGUCACCAUCACAAUUAUCAUGCGGUUUCCAAAAUUUACCCUAUGUAAUUCUCAAACGAGCGUACCAUCAAACCAAUGGUCACAUUUCAACAACACGACCGUUACCAGCCGGAUACAAAAUUGAACAGACAUGGAAAUUGUUUCGUGAACCCCAACUGAACACUAAACUGAUUUUUGAAUGUCAACGUCAAAGUGACGGAAGACGUUUUCCAUCUGUACAUCAAAAUUGCGAAAAUCAAGAUGCUCUAGGACCAUUGGGUUAUAUCUAUACAAAUGAUCAGGCUAAUGUUAAAACAAUGGCCAUUUAUCGAUGUCGAGUAGGUUCGAACUAUUUUGUUUCACCAGAUGCAAAAUGUGAGCAAACUACUGCCGAAGGUCUUCUUGGUUAUGCUUUGAUUUAA